AUGCUAGUCCAUGAAAAGGUUUAUCAGUAUAAAAUAUUGCCGGGUGACAGUGUAGCUCAACAUAUCUCAAAGGUGGAAUCCCUGGCUAAACAACUAAAAGAGAGUGGUGAGACUGUCAGUGACAUGGCCAUCAUAACAAAAAUUUUGGGAACAUUGCCACCUAAGUACAGAUCACUGCGCCAAGCGUGGAUGUCAUUGGAUUCAAAACAACAGACUAUUGUGAAUUUAACUGCUCGCCUCUUAGAUGAAGAAGCAAGUUUAGUAGGCGAAGAAGAACAAGAAACAGCUCUCCUUGUUGCUAAUAAAGGAUGGAAGUUGAAAUCAAAACAAAGUGAGCCGAUGCAGAGUGGAGUAAAUCAAAAUAAAAAUACCAAACACAGGUUUGAAUGUUAUAACUGUGGAAAGCGAGGACACUUUGCUAGAGAAUGUCGUGCUCCAAGAAAAUUUAAGUCAAGAAAACCUCAACAAGAAGGUGCAGAUAUGUUAGCGUUUUAUGUAGAGAAUAACGCGUCUAGCACAGAAGAGAAUACUUGGAUUCUAGACAGUGGAGCCUCUGCACAUAUGACUUAUAGAAAGGAAUUCUUUAUGGAACUGGUUGAAUGCAGUCAGAAGAUAUUAACUUUAGGAAACAAACAGUCUGUAGAAGUGUGUGGCAUUGGUAAAGUGUUGAUAAAAAGAUAUAUAAAUAGACAGUGGGAAUCCAGUGAACUACUUGAUGUGUUGUAUUUCCCAAGUCUGCGAAGAAACUUAUUCUCAGAAGGUGCCAUAAUAAGAAGAGAUUACACUAUUAUAAAGAAAGAUUCAAAUGCAUUGAUCUAUAAAGAUAAUCAAGUGGUUAUGAGUGCCAGGAUCAGAGAAAAUAAUUUAUAUGAGCUGAAUAUAAAAGCAAUCACCCCAGAUACUUGCAACUUGGUCCAGAAAAAUCAAAGUGAUAUCAAAAUGUGGCAUGAGCGACUGGGACAUCUAAACCUAAAAGAAAUUAAGAGUAUGUGUGCAAAUAAUGUUGUUACAGGUUUGGAAAUUAAUGACAAUGAUAAAAACAAUUUUGUAUGUGAGGCAUGUGCAUACGGAAAGCAGUGCAGGUUUCCAUUUCACAAAUCCGUACGAGGAGAACUACAACCUGGAGACUUAGUGUACAGUGAUGUCUGUGGACCAAUGUCUUGCACAUCAGUUCAAGGAAUGAGAUAUUUUGUCUUGUUCAAAGAUGCAGUAACUAGUUACAGGCAAAUAUAUUUCAUAAAAAACAAAAGUGAUGUUAUGGAAAUGUUUAAGAAAUAUAAUAGUAUUGUGAAGAAUAAAUACAUGCACAGUAUAAGAAUAUUACAUACUGAUAAUGGUAGAGAGUAUGUAAACAAAGUUUUCAAGGAAUAUUUGGACAAAGAGGGGAUAGUACAUGAGCUAACUGCUCCUUAUUCACCAGAAAGAGAAAAUAGAACCAUAGUAAAAAGUGCUCGCUCCAUGUUGUAUGCAAGAGAUCUUCCACUGGAGCUGUGGGCUGAAGCGGUGAGCUGUGCAGUUUACAUAUUGAACAGAACUUCUUCGAGCCAGACUCCGGGUAAAACACCAUAUGAAUUAUGGAAUGGUAUCAAACCACAAUUAGGUCAUUUGAAGGUGUUCGGCAGCGUUGGAUAUGUACAUGUUCCAGAUCAAUUGAGAACUAAAUUAGAAAAGAAGAGUAAAAAAAUGAUGCUUGUUGGCUAUGAUAAUACCAAUUACAGAAUGUAUGAUGUAAAUAAUAAGUCAAUCAAAAUUUCAAGAAAUGUGAUUUUUGAUGAACAUCAAACUCCGGCAAUAAGAAAGAAUAUUAAUCGAAUAUGUAUAACUGAUGAAAAUGAAGAUAAGAUACAAAAUGAUGAAACUGAAGCAAGAAAUGUGGAUGAAACACUAAUGGAAACUGUAGCAUUACAAUCUGAUGACAGCUUAUUGAGUUGCAACAGUGAUGAUCCUACAUAUGAACCGUCUCAAGAAAUAGAAGAUGUGCCACAGUGUAACAUAAAUUUGAGGCCAAGAAAUAAUAGACGUUUUGAAGCUAACCUUGUUGAAUUGUCAUUACCUCAGACAUAUGAUGAAGCCAUACAAAGUCCACAGAAAAAUGAAUGGUAUCAAGCCAUUAGGGAAGAAUUAUCUUCACAUGAAGAGAACAAUACAUGGAGUGCGGUAACAAGAGCUGGUCAGCGGACCCUUACUACCAAGUGGGUCUUCGCAAUCAAGAAGAAAGAAGAUAAUCAGACACGGUACAAGGCUCGUCUGUGUGCACGAGGGUUUACUCAGAUUAAAGAUGUGGACUACCAAGAAAUAUUUUCUCCAACUACUAGGUAUGACUCUAUAAGAAUUAUUCUUUCUAUUGCAGCAAAGUAUAAGUUAGAAAUUCAACAGUUUGAUGUAAAGACUGCUUUUCUUAAUGGGUAUCUUGAGGAAAAUAUUUUUAUAGAAGUACCUGAGGGUGUAAUUUUAGAUAAAAGUUAUGUGUUAAAAUUAAAUAAAUCUUUGUAUGGGUUGAAACAGGCCUCUCGUCGUUGGAACAAAGGGUUCACUGAGUUUUUAAUGAAAUAUGGUUUUGUACAAUCUCAGGCUGGUAAUUGUAUUUUUAUAGGAGUUUUCAAUAAGAUUAAAGUAAUUUUAAUUAUUUAUGUUGAUGAUGCCCUUGUAAUAUCUUCUAGUAAACAACUGAUCCAAAAAAUUAUAGAAUAUUUGAAACAAGCUUUUAAAAUAAAAGUGAUGCCAUUGAGAUAUUUUGUUGGUAUGGAAAUUGAGAGAAUAAAUAAUUGUAUCUAUAUUCACCAAAGAGAUUAUAUAGAACAAAUUAUUGAGAGAUUUUGUAUGACAAAUGCAACUCCAACUAGUACUCCAGCAGAUGUCAAUGUAAUUAUGACAAAGAAUGAGGAUGAAAUUAUUAAUUUUCCAUAUAGGGAACUUAUUGGUUCUUUAUUAUUUUUGUGUUCUGUUUCUAGACCUGACAUAUCAUUUGCUGUGAAUGUAUUAAGCAGAUAUGUAAACAAUCCUAGUCAGCAACAUGUAAAUGCUGUCAAAAGUAUAGUUAGAUACUUAAUUAAUACUAAAGAUUUGUGUAUAAAGUAUGGAGAAAGUGAUGGCUUAAUAGGUUACUCUGAUUCUGAUUAUGCAAGUGAUGUUGAUACACGUAAGUCAACAACAGGCUAUGUUUUUAUGAUGAACGGUGGACCAAUUACUUGGUCCAGCCAAAAACAAAAGACCAUUGCUCUCUCCACUACUGAGGCAGAAUUUGUAGCUGCAUGUGAAGCAGCAAAAGAAAUGAUAUGGCUGCGGCAAUUAAUGUUAGAUUUAGGUGAAAAUUGUAAAUGUGUAACUAUGUUUAUUGAUAAUCAAAGUGCGAUAAAACUAAUAAAUAAUCCUGUUUAUCAUAAAAGAACGAAGCACAUAGAUGUUAAAUACUAUUUUAUUAGAGAAAAAUUUGAGUUGGGCAUGAUUAAAAUUAAUUAUAUUCCUAGUAAAGAUCAAUUAGCAGAUAUAUUGACUAUGGCAUUGCCCACUCAAACUUUUACUUAUAUAAGGGAUCAGAUAAUUAGUUAA